UCUUACACUGUUAUCUCUUUCAUUUUCGUUCAUUCUGUAUCUCAAUUCUCAAAUAACACAAACCCCUCUUCAAAACCCUAGAAUUUUGAGAUAUCCAAUCCGACACCGUUUCAUUCCUCUUUCUUUUGCUGCAAAAACCCUGAAACCUCCCAUGGAUUUCGACGCUUACGACUACUUGGAGAAGACGGUGGUGGAGGAGAAAGAGGACCGAGACUCCAAGAAGAGCAAGAGUAAGAGCAAGGAGAACAGUGAGAGGAGUUACAGGAAGAGAGAGGUUGAUCAGGAAGAACCUGCUCUACCUGACGGAGAUGACCGCCGGAGCAAGCGCUCCAGAGCUACCGCCGAUGAAGAGAAUGGAAGCGAUAAGAAAGAAAAAGAUCGCGACCGAGACAGAGACAGAGAUCGAGAACGAGAACGAGAACGAGAACGGUCUGGUCAUCGCGAGAAGGAUCGGCACCAUAGAGAUUCUGAUAGAGAAAAGGAUCGCGAGCGAGAGAGGAGUAGUAGAGAGAAAGAGAAGGAUAAGGAUAAGGACAAAGAGAGAGAUAAGGAGAGAGAGAAGGAGAGGAGGGAGAGAGAUAAGGAGAAAGAGAGGGAGAGAGAGAGGAAAGAGAGGGAUCAUAGAAAGGAGAAAGAAGAGAAAGAAAGGUCUCGGAGAAGCCGGAGCCGGUCGGAACGGGACAGGGACCGGGACCGCGAUAGAGAGAGAGAAAGAGAAAGAGACUUAGAGAUAAGAGACACUAGGAGAUUUAAAGAUAAGAAAGAAGUGGUGGAGCCGGAAGCAGACCCAGAAAGGGAUCAGAGAACUGUUUUUGCAUACCAGAUGCCUCUCAAGGCAAACGAGAGGGACGUAUAUGAAUUCUUCUCAAAAGCGGGCAAGGUGAGGGAUGUCCGACUAAUCAUGGACAGGAAUUCAAGAAGAUCUAAAGGAGUUGGGUAUAUAGAAUUUUAUGAUGCAAUGUCUGUGCCAAUGGCAAUUGCUCUCUCUGGAAACCUACUUCUUGGACAGCCUGUUAUGGUUAAACCUUCUGAGGCUGAAAAGAACCUAGUUCAAUCUACUGCUUCUACUGGGGGCUCAAGUGGUCUUGCAGGUCCAUAUGGAGCAGUUGAUAGAAAACUGUAUGUGGGCAACUUGCACUUUAACAUGACUGAAAGCCAACUUAGAGCGAUUUUUGAGCCAUUUGGUCCUGUGGAGCUUGUUCAACUGCCCCUUGAUCUUGAGACAGGACACUGCAAGGGUUUUGGGUUUGUUCAAUUUGCCAAACUUGAAGAUGCAAAGGCAGCCCAAUCUUUGAAUGGAAAAGUGGAAAUUGCUGGUCGAACUAUCAAGGUUUCAUCAGUUACAGAGCAUGUUGGAACACAAGAUACUGGAGCAAAAUCAGCGGACUUUGAUGAUGAUGAUGGGGGUGGUUUGUCUCUCAAUGCUCAAUCAAGAGCACUACUUAUGCAGAAGCUGGAUCGCUCUGGCAUUGCUACAAGUAUUGCGGAGUCUCUUGGAGCUCCUGUGGUGAAUGGGCCAGCUCCAAAUGCACAAGCCAUGGGCUUGCCUAUCAAUGGGCAAGCUGCAGUUUCUGUGCCAGCUCUUCCAGCACAAGCUCUCCUUACUCCAGCUGCAGAACCUGUUGGAACUCCCAGUGAAUGCUUACUGUUGAAGAAUAUGUUUGAUCCAGCAACUGAGACGGAUCCAGACUUUGAUAUGGACAUUAAAGAUGAUGUGGAAGAAGAAUGUUCUAAAUAUGGCCGAGUGAAACAUAUUUAUGUAGAUAGAAAUAGUGCUGGUUGUGUGUAUUUGCGGUUUGAAACUGUAGAGGGUGCAAUGGGUGCUCAACGUGCAAUGCAUAUGAGGUGGUUUGCCUGUAGGUCGAUUUCUGCCUUGUACAUGCAACCCCAUGUGUAUGAAGCCAAGUUUAAUGUUGGAGCUUGAAGAAGUGCUUACGUGCAGGGUUACUUAAAAAAAACUUUUUUGACGAGUGCUUUUGGAUAUGUUAAAGUUGGAAGAUAAACAAUCCUCUUCUGUUCUCUUUCCCCCUUUUCCCUGGGUUUCAAGAUAAUUCAUUUUUGUUCAUACACAAUGCAUCCUAUGUAUGAUAACAGUGAUAGCUCUGUCCAGCAAUGGAUUGCUGUAAUCUGUUUCAUGACUAAGCAUUUUGUUGUAAUGUAAAACUUUAGAUAUCUUGCCAUUGUUUUUCAUUUCAGGCUCUUUA